AUGCGCAAAAUGCUAGGUGUGGCGGCUGCGCUGUUGGCAACUCAAGCUUCUGCCGCCCUGGUUCCCUUCGAGAACUGCCUGCCGUCCAACUACAUAUACACACAAGUUUCUGCGAGUAACGUCCAGCUGCAAUGGGUGCCUCAGUUUGUCGAUGCCAAAUUCGACGUUGAGGACCCCGCGCACAACCUUGUGGUCACCGUAUGGGGCAAUGUUACAGGAAAGACUGGUCGCGAAGACCUACCCCCGCCAGGGAGUCCUCUGUGGGAUGAUGAUGGAUAUGCAAACGGCAAGAUAGUCGACGAGCCGAACCCAAACGCACCCGUUGAUGAACGGAAAGCAACGACGUUGUUGAGCAAGGUCAAUGUCUUGACAUAUACGCAGUACUCUGACAGGGACUACUUUUGUCGGAGGAUACUGAAUGAUACGUGCCCGAUCGCCCCAGUCUUCAACAAGACUGCACUAAAUGAUCCUUUCGGCCGCCCGGCUUUCAACAUGUCGCACGACUUUUACUCAGCAUAUACAUUUAGUUCCUUCAACCCAACCUUCAUCAUUCUGUUUGGCGAUUCGGAAAGCACAACAAUCGGGUGUAUCUCGACCGUGGUGACCCCGAGCUUGGGCUCUUCCGCUGAUCUGGUCAAGUAUCUUCCGCUCGCCGUCCUCGUCUUUGUUGGCUUUGCCACCAUCUUUGCGGCCAUUUUCAGCCCCUGGGGGACAAGUAACGUGUUCAACUGGACCUCGAACUAUGGCAGAGACCCCGAUCUUCUUCGACUUGUCACUCCUGGCUUUGGGGACUGCCUUCAGUACAUCCAAUUCAUUGUCCUUACUGGGUCCUUGACACUGGCCUACCCCGGAUUUUACCAGCCCAUAGUUGGACAAGGCGCCUGGUCCGCCUUGGUCUUCAACGAAAGCUUUGUCACUCCUAAUGCAACAUAUUAUCAAAGUCUCCAGGACGGGGUAUACGUUCUCAACGGCGAAUUUGGUCUCCAGCGCCUUGUGCAGCUUGUGGGCAUGGCCAACGUACAGGACGUCUGGGCUGGCAUGAUCAUCUGGCUGCUCGUCAUCAUCGCGAUUGUUCUUGCGCUCAUUCAGGGCGGGUUCCUCUUCCGUUGGCUCCUCCGCUUUGUGACGAAUGACACGGAGGAGGACCUCCGGGCGAAGAACUUGCCUUUUUCGCUCGGCAACGUGAUUCGGAUCGUCUUCAACUACUUCCUCCUCCCAAUCGUCGCCAUUUCGGCGUUCCAGCUCGUCGUCGCUUCGCAAUCAGCUUCUGUACUCGUGGCCAUGGCCGCAAUCACAAUAAUCUUGGUUGUUGGCUUCGCCAUAUGGCUGAUGCUCUUCAUUGUGCGGACGAAAAACAGAGGGCACCUCUUCGAUCACUUACCCACCGUGCUGACAUAUGGUCCUCUAUACAACACAUAUACGGAUGAGGCGGCACCCUUUGCGAUCGUCCCGAUCGUACUUAAUGUUUUACGCGGCAUCGCCAUCGGUGCUGUCCAGCCUUCCGGCGUGGCUCAGCUGGUCAUCCUUGCCAUCUGCGAGGUUGUCAACGUGCUGACCCUCUAUGCAUUCCGCCCCUUCCACCCGCCGACGUCGAUGAACCUCUAUCAUGCCGCCCUGUCAGUCCUCCGCUUCGUGUCGGUCUUACUGAUGGUGGCCUUCGUGCCUACCAUGGGCGUCACAGAAGGUCCAAAGGGGUGGAUCGGGUAUGCCAUCUUCCUCAUUCAUGCAUGCGCGUUAUUGUUCUUAUUUUGGCUCAACGCCCUCGCCACAAUUAUCGAGGUCGUGGCGAGAUUGUGUGGUGCUGGCAAUGAUGACGUUACUGGUCAGACUAGGGGGGGCCUCCGAAAGAUUUUUGGAGCUCGACAGCUCGCAAGGCGUGUGGACAGACAUGGUGCACAGUCCCGGCAAAGCCAGCUCAGCAGCACAGCCAUGCUCGACAGAGUAGAAUCGAGAAUGGGUUACGGCCGAGUGCGGAGUGAGUCGGCUGCUGAUAUGGGCAUCAUCGCGAGCCACCAGCGAAGUUCGAGUGCUUUUGAUGCGCGGAGCUUCGACGCUUACGCGAAUGCCAUGGGCGGGAUCACCCCCACGACUCCUGGGGAGAGCAGUACGUUCUCCUUUGUGCCACCGGGGCAGGCAACCAGGCCUCAGGGGAUGCCUGAGUCGUACUACCGACAGCCUCGCCCCCGACGCCGCACACUUGAUGAGUUUGGCAACCAGACGCCUACAAAAACAAGAGCCUCGAUCGGCAGUGUAGAUCUUACGGCACGUCGCAUGAGUCAGACAGCAUACGCAGACACCGAUACCGACGGAGCGCCUGGUCUAGUGAGCGGGCCCGGACCUGCCGCCUAUGCGCCAGUCUUUGCUCCCAGGGCCGACUAUUCAACACGCGAAGUUGAUGAGUACUACGGCAUGCGAGGUCCAGCCCUUAAUUCGGACUCUCCAGGUCGUAAGCUGGGUACUGGCCCUGCUGACCCGACAAGCUCCGUGGCUGUUGCCACGAGCUGGGUGAAGGGGUUGUUUGGCGGCAAGACGAAAGAAAAGGGCAAAGGCUUUGAAGUCGUGCGGAGCGCGAGGAUGCCGCCAGCCAUGCAGGCGAGAGGUGGGGCUCAGAGUGUUGAGCCUCCUCCAGAGGGCAUCCCCGUUGCCAUGGGAGUUAUCCGGCAUGGUCCAAUCGAUAGUGAUGACGAUGAUGCCACAUCCAAGGUCAACAGGAGCCGGCGCGGCACAGUGGAAAGUGUUCGUGGAGGGCUCCUCGAUGAAGAUGGCCAGCCUAGGACGCCCGCCGAGGACCAAGAAUUGGAUAUCGGAGGACUUGGCAUCACCAAGGAGGCACCAGUACUGCCCGAUCUCGAUGCUGGGGAGAGCUUCGGGAUUCCGAGCAGGUUUGCGUCUCGGGCCAGCACGAAGCCUAAACACAAGGCGGUCAUUACGGCUGCAGCAGAUGCGGAUGAAGUGCCGGACGUUCCUAGGAAGAGCUCCAAACGAGACAGCACCAGCCCCAGGGGUUUCCGCCGGCUCGAGCAGUCCGCAGAAAACCACCACCAAGAUGGUGCCGAUCCAGAGAAGCAGGGCUAUCUUCUGCCCGAGGCUGCAGCUUCGACGUCGGCAACGAGGCUUCCCUUUGAUCGGACAGCCUCGCAAAAGCGCCUGUCGGGUUCGUCGACCGCCCCGACGGACGAUGGAGCUAGCCCACUGCCGUCAGCUGGGUUUGGGCGUGAUCACAGCAGCGAGCGUCCGUCGAGCUUCGGACACGUCCACCACCACAGCAUCAGUAGAGUUGAUCCGAAAGAGCCGGUGGAUCUGCUGGGCAGCGCUGCGGAGAUUGUCGACGACCCAACGAAGCCGAGCCCACAUUCUUCGGUACAUCGGCGAAGAUGA